AUGCCUCCUUCUAAAGAAUCACGUAUUCAAAUGGCUAUUUCAGCUUAUCGGAAAGGUCAAAUCAAAUCGAUAUUACGCGCUGCGCAGGUUUUUGCGAUCCCUGAAAGUACCCUACGCGAUCGACUCAACGGUGCAACACCACGAUCAGAAACACGCGCCAAUAGUCAUAAACUUACUCAACUUGAAGAAGAAACGCUUCUUAAGCAAUUACUAGAUGCAGAUAUGCGAGGAUUCCCAAUGCGGCCCGAAUUUCUACGCGAAAUGGCAGGAAUACUACUUCGCGCGCGCCUCCGAAACCAUGCAGCAAUUAUUGGAUCUAACUGGCCAUAUAAUUUUACCAAACGUCAUCCUCAACUACAUACACGAUACAAUGGACGGAUCACAUAUCAACGUGCAAAACAAGAGGAUCCAAGGGUUAUAAUACCAUGGUUUCAAACUGUCCACAAGGCUAUCCAAGAACACGGUAUACACGAAGAUGAUAUCUGGAAUUUUGAUGAGACUGGCUUUGCAAUGGGACUCUGCACUACUUCAAAAGUAAUUACUGCAGUUGAACGAAGCGAGCGGCCACGCAGAGUUAUCCAGGGUAAUCGUGAAUGGGUUACAAUUAUCGAAACAAUCAGCUCAAAAGGCGUAUCUUUACCACCGAUUAUUAUACUGAAAGGGGGCCAACAACAAGCUGCUUGGUUCCAAGAACCUAAGCUUGCUAAAGACUGGUGGAUUGCAACAAGUGAAAAUGGCUGGACUACCGAUGAAAUAGGUCUUCUUUGGCUAAAGAAUGUCUUUGAACCUUCCUCCAAGCGCUAUAUGACCGGUGCAAAACGCCUACUUAUUUUGGACGGCCAUAGUAGUCAUUUGACUGCUGAAUUCGAUGAUUUUUGCAAAUAA